AUGGGAGGCGUGGACAGUCAAGGCGCGCUCAAAGGAGACCAGUGGCGCUUCGACUUCGGGACGAAUGUGUGGAAACGGUUGUUUGACAUCACGGUCGAGACCACUGAGGGCCGCGUCGGGCUUGACUUCCCCUCGUCGCGCGCCUUCGCCACCAUGUCCGAUGUCUCAAAUGCCAUCAUCCUCUACGGGGGCGUCUGCUCGAGGCCUGCCCAGCCAGCGCGCGGACCGCUGUGCGAGGACAACCUGUGGGAGUUCUCGCCGAUCCUGGAGACGUGGCGGCAGAUCACGGUGACGUCGGGCGCGGUGCCGCCGCCCCGCGCGGGCCACACGUCCACGGUGUUCAACGGGCUGGUGUACGUGUACGGGGGAACGGCCGGGUCGGACGCGGGGGCGCUGCUGCGCGAACGGGAGGACACGUACACGAAGAGCCUCUGGGUGUUCGACAGGUCCCCCAACCAGUGGACGCAGAUCACGGCGCCGCCUGGGAGCCCCGCGGUCCUGCCCCCGCGGUACGGGCACGCGGCGACGAUCUACGAGCGCAAGCUGUUCAUUUACGGGGGGAUGACCACGCACGACGGGGCGCCGGCGAGCACGUACCUCCCGAACAACGACCUGCUGGUGAUCGACCUGCAGAACACCACGGCGCCGUGGCGGCAGGCGCUCGUCCCCACCACGGGCUCGCUCCCGCAGCAGGCGCCCUUCCGCGCCUUCCACGGGUUCUUCAUCGAGCAGGACGUGGCCGACCUGCAGCGGCGGGUGAAGUUCUUCCUCGUGCACGGCUGGGGCCACACGCAGCCGCGCAUCGCCAACAACCACCUCACGGCCAUCUCGGCGCCCUCGUUCGGCAUCCUCGAGGUGCCCUACGACCCCGCGCGGCCCGACUUCAACGUGGACUUCCAGUGGUCCGUGCGCAACCUGCCGACCGUGCUCUCGGACGGAACGCCCACCUUCCGCCCCGGGGCGACCAUGGGCCAGGCAAUAGGUUCCAUCGACGACGUCGGCAUCGUGCUGAUCGGGGGCUCGAACUGCAGCGACACGUCCCUGCCGGUGGGGGACAUUGCCAGGUGCAAGGGGACGAGCUCCGACCUGCAGAUCCUGGACCUCAAGGGCGCCGUGCAGAUCCGGUCGUCGAUGUCGGUCAACUUCAAGGACCUCGCCGGGCAGCCCGUGAAGCCCGACAUCGCGGUCGCCCUCGUGCGCGGCAACACGGACUCGGUCAAACCGGGGGAGGUCACCGUGCGGUUCCCCGACGUGCUCUCCGGCGGCCAGGUGUCGGCUCUUGCGUACAAGAACAAGGUCCUCCAGGGGGCGCUCUCCUUCUUCCUGGCCCCCACCGGCGCCGCGUCCGAGGUGAUCAAGGACGUCGUGUACGAGCGCGAGAUGACGAUGCUGAUCAAGGUGGUCGAACCGGAUGGCAUCUCCACCGUGCGCGACGCGUACGUCGUCGUGGAGCUCAAGGACCUGACGCCGGGGGGCACGGGCCAGUGGAUCCCGUACUACAAGUACGAGGGGGCCAGUGAGCCGCGGACGGGCGUCGACGGUGCGGUGGCGCUGCAGCUGUACCCCAACGUCUUCAAGGACCUCCCCGCGGACUUCGUGUCGCCGUACAGACUGUCCAUCAGACACGCCGCGGACAGGCGGGUGCUCUUGGUGCACGACGACAUCUUCGUUCCGCGCUACCAGGACAACAACGCGCAGGAGGUCAUGGCCAGCACGCUCGCCCUGAAGCUGGGGAACAAUGUUGCGAAGGACGUCAACUCGCAGCAGCUGGCCGCAGUCAUCCAGCAGUCGGACCUCCUCGUCCCCGUCGAGAACGCGGUGCUCCCCGCGACCAACACCUUCGCGGGCGAGACAUUCGAGGUCAUGAGCAAGACUGGGACGUUGAGAGCAUUCGAGUACGACUACUUCAAGAUCGGGGUCGCGGAGCUGCGCGAGACGCAGAACCUGACGCUGCGCGCGACCGUGACGGGCACGAACCGGCGGACGCGCGCGCUGCUCCAGUCGCAGGCCGUGUCGGUGUUCGUGGCGCUGUUUGACACGGCCUUCGUGAACGCCAACACCCCCUUCAACCUCACCGCCUGCAACAGCGCGUCGCCGCAGCUGGAUCCCGCUGGAGGGUGCUCCGUCAGCAUUCUCGGCGCCAGCAACGCGCGCAACUUCACGCUGACGGUAGGGCUCAGGUGGGCGAACGCCGGGCAACGCAAGGCGCACUCCUCGCUGCUGCGACGGCUCCUGCAGACGACGUCCGUGGACUACUCGUUCAAGGCGACCAUCGCGUCGACGCUGGUGCCGCUCCAGCCCCCUUCGAGCGACCCGGUGCCGUUCAACCAGCAGGACGAGGAGGACAAGUUCCGGCGCGCCCUGCUGGCAACCAUCGGAGGCUCGCUCGGGUUUGGCGUCCUGGUAGCUGCCAUCCUGCUCUUCUGUUUCCGCAAGCAGCUCAAAGCGCGGAUCCAGCGCAUCAAGAUGCACCGUCGUGCGAUGAACAUAGCUGCAGAAGAGGGAUUGAAGAACGACGAGCAAUACGGGCGCCAGGAGCCAGGCCUGGACUUCAUGAUGCGGCACGAGCGCGGCAAGUCGUACACGGCCAAGACACACAUUGGCUUCCAGGCACUGGCACGCACUGUCCAGGGCGUCGUGGGAGGGAAGCAGAAGCAGAAGGAGGAGGAGCGGGAGCACGGUGUGGACGCCCGUCUCGAGAGGCUGCAGGAGAAGUACCGCCUCCUGUACCAGGUGGACGACUCGGCUGGGUUUGAGGACUGGGCCUCCGGGUCCGACAGGCCGCCGACCGCGGGGUCCGCGAUGGACGCAGGGCCGAGUCGAGACCCGGGGAGGCACGCAGCUGGGCGCGUGGCCCCUGCGGGAGGCCCCGCCCAGCCGCCGUCAACCCCACCUCCACCGCCACCACCGCCGCCGCCGCCGCCGCCCAUCGCCCGGGGGCCGGCCACUCCGCCCCCGCCCCCGCCCCCUCCGCCGCCUGCGGAAGGCGUGAUGCGACCCAUGCCGCGGCCGUCGGUGACGCCACCGCCAUCCACUCCGCCCCCCCCGCCCAGACCCCCGCCCGCUCCGACGCAGCCGCCCGUGGCGUCAAGCUUCCGACGGCCCCGCCUCGGUCCGCCGUCGUCCGCCGGGGACGCAGGCGCGCCUCCGCCUCCCCCGCCACCGCCGCCGCCUGGUCCACCGGCGCAGGGCGCCUUCGUACCUCCCCCGCCGGGCGCAACGACACCCGACACGGGGGCCGCUCCAAUGCCGGCGCGACCAGCGCGGCCAACUGCCGCUCCGCCGCCGCCUCCCGCUCCACCCGUGCAUUUCGGACGCGGCGACGUGCGGUUCACGGGACCGGAAGGGUGA